AUGCUGCCUAUGGUACAGACAGAACCCGUGCUUUUCAAUUGCGGAGUCCACUCGGCAAAUGUUGCCGUUUCUCCUGCGGCCACAUUGCCUCCCUCGCUCACACCGGAUUCGGAUGUCGACGAACUAGUUGAUAUAUUCUUCGAUGUUGAUGUUGCUGUCAACGCUUUACCGAGAAUUGAAUCCUGUGACCUCCAACUGGGAGACACAUGGAGGGGGAUGCAAGGCAAGAUGAGCGUGACAGCGCCGGUUAAGAAGAUAAGAAAAAAGUCAGACAAUAAGCCACAAGCUCAAAUAAAUAAGUGUAAUAACGAAAAAAAGCGACGGGAACUUGAAAACGAAACCAUAAAUCAACUUGAAGAGCUCCUAGGCACUUGUCUCGCGGAGGUCAAGCAGCCGGACAAAAACGGCAUAGUACGUGAGGCCACGCGACAGAUUCAGGAGGUGCUGAGGCGUAGGCGAGAGUGCCCUAACGAGUGCCCUGUUCGAGUAGCCCAGUGCCUCACGCCCGUGCAAGCUGGGGAAGUGAGCUCCACCCAGCCUUCGUGCGUCGGACUACAUUAUUCGGAGCUGACUUCACUCAUUGAGGCUCUCAAACAUUAUACAGGCACACUCGGUUGGGUUUUAUUGGAAAUAAACUCGAAGGCCGAAAUAGAAUGUAUCACGGAAAAUAUUAAGGAAUUAACUCUGCAGGACAGAUCUGAGUUAUAUAAGAAAUCUAUAUUUUCACUGUUACAUGCUAAAGAUCACGCAAAAUUAAGGCCAUUGUUAAGAAACACACAAACCUUUAAUUGGGGUACCGGAGAAAUAGAUAAAUUCCAAGCCAUUCAAGCUCGUCUGAUUGUCAAGGAUUCCAAUGGAACUGAGAGUGCUGGAUACGCGGAGUGUGUGAUCCACGCGACGCCGGUGCGCGGCUCAUCUUCUGAGGAGGCCGGCUCCGUCAUGUGCGUCAUCCGGCGCUUUGAGGACGCGUCGGCCGCACUUAUUCCCGGCGACGGCGGCCCACCCGCCAUCACCGCCAAGCAAUCGGAUCACAUUGUCUUCAGAUUGGAUUGCAACUUCAUUAUUUUAUUUUGUGAUUUAAGUGCAGUGGAAAACAUAAUAAACACUACUAUUCCUCUCGUGGGCUGUCCUUAUUUAGAGCUUGUGGAGAAUAGUGAUCGUAUACGUGUAGCGGCACACUUGCAAGAGGCUGUGUGUCUUCCUGCACCACCCGCGAUAAGUGAACCUUUUCGGCUUCGCAUCGCCCCGGACAGACCGUUCUUCAGAGUUAUCGCUCGGUCGCGUCUGUUUCGAGCAAAACCAUCGUCCGGUGAACCAGAUUUUAUAAUGUCCACGCACACUGUACUUGGCGACGAAGACAUGGAGAUUCUCGAAACGGAAGGUCCUAGACCUACCGUCGGUGGGCCACUCAUGACUUCUGUAGCAAAUGGAGAAUCCUCUACCUGUGAUCAACGAUACCGCUCUUCUAUGAGUCCCACCGACGGUCCCUUUCUCAACGAUUUUGAACUCGAUCCAUGGACAUCCUCACUUCUCGGAGACAUGACGGCCGAGGAAACGAAACAGCGCAAAGAAAUCGCAGCCGAAGGAUCCUCGCAGCCCUUAACUCCCCGCGCUCCUCCUACACCGGUUGAGGGCAUGCCGUCAAAUCAACCAGUGGAGGAACCAAAUAGACUUCGGAGCCUAUUGAGCAAAAAGCCAAUGCCGGGAAACGAGAGUACAGUGAACUCUAAUAACCGUAUCCUUAAGGAUUUGCUGAAGCAAGAGGACGAGGAGGCUACGGGUAGUGAGAUCUCGGCUCCGCACACACCCCAUACGCCUCACACGCCGUUGACGCCGCAUACACCUCAUACGCCAGCUGCCGCGCUCUCGCCACUGCAUACAGCGCAGGCGCAUGCGCGACCUCCGCCGCAUCCGCAGCAUUCGCAUAUAGGGCCGCCCUCUCAUCCUAUGCAGCAGCAGCAGCAGCACCAGCACCACAAUAAUUCUGAUGUCUUGUUAAGGGUGAUAUUAAAUGACAAAUCGGACGAGGAUCUAGCGGAGAAUAGAAGAAACUCUGGUGACGGUAGCAGAGGAGUGCAACCACCUAGUGUACUUUGCCAGCUGCUAGCUAGUAGUAACGGACCAUCUGGUAAUGGCCGACAGCAGGACAAUAGUGAAAACUACUUAGAAAGGCUCGGUGUCAAACGCAAGUUCGAAGAAUCGAAAGGAGUGGUCAACAAUGUUAAACGAGCUACGCCUGAAAACCAGCAGGUAACAUCCAGCGCACAUUCAGCAGCUUCGUCGACAGCUUCUUCGACAGCGAGCAGCCCCGCGACCAGUAGUAGUGGGGGAAUGAUGAGUUCUUUGUGUCAGAAGAAUCAGAUCCUUGUAUCGCUACUGGCUCGGCAGCAGACACAUCCGACCACACCACUGCCGUCGCCUAACCCCAACUUGCGCGUAUACCCGCAGCAGCCUGCCCGCCAGCGUCCUCCCGCGCCGCCGCAGAUGCCUCAACCACGACUGAACAUUAAUUCGACGCUCUCCAACAUACUCACGGGACCGCCGACUCACCGAACAAAUAACCUGAAUGGUGGAUUGGGCGUGGUGUCGACCGAUGCCAAUGUAGAAUGUCCGUCAACCAUGGCAAGCGUACAGAGCCACUUGCAACAAGUAUUGCAAAGGGGUCCGGUAGGGAUUUACCCUUCGGCAAACACAGCUUCCAUACACUACGCGACUCCUGCUCCGCAACAUGUCUACAAUAAUCAGACACCAAGUGGCAGCACGCGGGCGCAAAGCGGCGGCGGCGGGGAUAACGAAACCCCCAACGAUCAAACACUUUCGGAUAUUCUAGACGAGUUCAUCGAUAACAUGCCGGUUCCCGACGUCAACCUUCGACAGAGACCAGUAAAUAUACAGGGCACGAGGGAGAAAAGUGCGAUGAUCAACGCGAUCACACAGAGUCUGAUGCAAUGCGAGUCGGUCGCCAACCCCGCCGAGCCGAGUCCGGGCGCGCCGCCGGCUUACUCCGUCCGGAGCCCGGCCAGUCCCGGCGCGGGCCCGGCGGCAGCGGUGGCGGGCGUGGCGCCGGCGGGCGGCUCGCGGACGCCCACGCCGGCCGAGGCCGAGGCACGCGAGCGCUGGCGCGUGGCGGCCCCCCGCGCUCUGUACGGCAGCGACGCGUCGCGCGCACGCUCCCUGCUGGAGCAGCAGCAGCACCAGCACCGCGUUCGCUUGCUGCAGAUGCAGCAGUCGCAACACAUCAUGGUGCCGCCUGAGGCUUCCGAGCAACCCCAAGCGGACCUGGGUACCGCCCUCGUCUCGGUGACGGCACCGCCUAAUGUAACUCUCACUCGCACAGAUUAUCACUUAUAUCAUCACAGUCAAAUGAGUGGAAAUUACGGUACAAAUAAAAUAACCACGUCGCAACAAAAUCCAAUGUUAAGCCGGCAACUUAGCGUGCCGGGCUCGGGCGCGUACUCGUCCGCGGCCGCGCUGCACACGCCCAUGACGCCGCAGCCCUACCACCGGCCGCCUCGCCCGCACCUAGUGGGAGGCUACUACGAGGAGGGCGGCGGCUACUGCGGCGACUACGCGCGCUGCGGCCCGCUGCCGCCGCACGCGCCCCACGCGCCGCACGCGACUCACGCGCCCCACCCGCCCCACCCGCCCCAUCCGACCCUCGACCAUCAGCACGCAUGCGCGGGCAGCAGCGUGGGCGGCGGGGGCCCGGUGAGCGGGGGCGGGGCGGCAGGCGGCGCGGGCACGUCGGAGUACGUGCGCAACGAGCUGCGUGCCGUGGUCGGUGCGCGCUCGGCUCGCCCAGACCUGCACCCGCUACAGCCGCCUGAUAUAGACCCGCUCAUGAGUUUCGACAUGCCUACUCCCGGUGGCGGCAGUUUGGUGGGGGGCCGAGCAACCUCGGCGUCGGCAAAUUCGUGGGAAUCGCAACAGAGCACCUCGAAUACUACGGAGGCGGUCUCGGCGGAGGCGGGGUCGGCGGGUCCCGCGGCGGGCGGUGAUGAGGCGGGGGCGGCGGGGCCGGGCGGCGCGGCCACGAAGGCGUCGCUGCUCCAGAAGCUGCUGUCGCAGUGA